AUGAAGAUCGCUACUUCACUCGCGGCUGUUGUGGCUUUGGUGCAGAGCACCUCUGCUCAUUACAUCUUCCAGCAGCUUAGUGUUGGGUCGACCAAAUAUCCAGUCUUCCAGUACAUUCGACAGAACUCGAACUACAACUCUCCUGUCACUGACCUGGAUUCCAAUGACCUUCGAUGCAAUGUCGGCACCUCGGGAACCAACACCCAGACCGUUGGAGUCAAGGCUGGCGACUCGAUUACCUUCACUCUUGAUACUGCAGUCUACCACCAGGGACCUAUCUCCGUAUACAUGUCCAAGGCACCAAGCUCUGCCUCAUCAUACGAUGGCAGCGGCGGCUGGUUCAAGAUCAAGGACUGGGGUCCUACCUUCAGUGGCAGCACUUCGACCUGGCCUAUGUACCUCAGCUACACGUUCAACCUUCCCACUUGCAUUGCCAACGGCGAAUAUCUUCUUCGCAUCCAGAGUCUAGGCAUUCACAACCCUUGGCCAGCAGGUAUUCCUCAGUUCUACAUCAGCUGCGCCCAGAUCAGCGUUUCUGGUGGAGGCAGUACUGUUCCCAGCAACCAGGUCAAGAUUCCUGGUGCUUUCAAGGAAACCGAUCCUGGGUACACCGCCAACAUCUACUCCAACUUUAACAGCUACACCAUCCCUGGACCUGCAGUGUUCUCUUGCAACGGUGCUGGCGGCGGUGAUGGUGGCGGCAACGGCCCCACUACGACUCUACAGACCUCUACCCGAGCGUCAUCUACACAGGUUCCUCCCGUGUCGACUCAACCAUCUGGCCAGUGCGCUUCUCUCUGGGGCCAGUGCGGCGGAAGUACCUGGACCGGUCCAAAGUGCUGCGCCACUGGAACUUGCAAGGCGCUCAACGACUUCUACUCUCAGUGCACCACUUAA